AAUGCUGCUGCCUCCCGGAGCAGAGGGAGGCAGAAGAGGAGGGAGAGAGAAGAGGGGAAGGGAGGGGGAGGCGGCACUUGGGCUGCAGCUCGCAACCAGAGGCAGUCUCGCACAGCUCGCGGAGGGACCAGGAGAGGCAGCCGCGGAGUAGGAUGCUCUGCGGGGUGCCCUAAACCAGGGGCGCUUGAAGCAGCUUCAGGGACUGGGGCAACUGGGCAGCUUUCACCAUGCAUCAGUCCCUGACUCAGCAGCGGUCCAGCGACAUGUCCCUGCCCGAUUCUAUGGGAGCCUUCAACCGGAGGAAAAGAAACUCCAUAUAUGUCACCGUGACUUUGCUUAUUGUGUCCGUGUUAAUUCUCACGGUGGGCCUUGCUGCAACCACCAGGACCCAGAAUGUGACUGUUGGAGGUUAUUACCCAGGAGUCAUUCUCGGCUUCGGAUCGUUCCUUGGAAUCAUUGGAUCAAACCUUAUUGAAAACAAACGGCAGAUGCUGGUGGCCUCCAUCGUGUUCAUCAGCUUUGGUGUGAUUGCAGCUUUUUGUUGUGCCAUAGUGGACGGGGUCUUUGCUGCAAGACACAUUGAUCUGAAACCACUGUAUGCUAAUCGGUGCCACUAUGUCCCCAAGACAUCCCAGAAGGAAGCUGAGGAGGUCAUAAGUUCCUCAACCAAAAAUUCUCCUUCCGCGAGGGUUAUGAGGAACCUUACCCAGGCAGCUAGAGAGGUGAACUGCCCUCACCUUAGCCGUGGAUUCUGCACCCCUCGCAUCCGGGGCAACACCUGCUUCUGCUGUGACCUCUACAACUGUGGCAACCGGGUGGAGAUCACAGGUGGGUACUAUGAAUACAUCGAUGUCAGCAGUUGCCAGGAUAUCAUCCACCUCUACCACCUGCUCUGGUCUGCCACCAUCCUCAACAUUGUCGGCCUGUUCCUGGGAAUCAUCACUGCUGCUGUGCUUGGAGGCUUUAAGGACAUGAAUCCAACUCUCCCGGCCCUGAACUGUUCUGUUGAAAAUGUCCAUCCAACUGUUUCUUACUAUGCUCGUCCCCAAGUGGCAUCCUACAAUACCUACUACCAUAGUCCUCCUCACCUGCCACCCUAUUCUGCUUAUGACUUUCAGCAUUCCAGCGUCUUUCCGUCUUCUCCUCCCUCUGGACUUUCUGAUGAGCCUCAGUCUGCCUCUCCCUCGCCCAGCUACAUGUGGUCCUCGAGUGCACCUCCCCGUUACUCUCCACCCUACUAUCCACCUUUUGAAAAACCACCACCUUACAGUCCCUAAAGAGGAAUACCCGCUGGCUAUUGAGAUUAUUGUGGCUUUUGUAUUUCUGCUUUAGUGGAAGUGUGUAGGGUACAAAAUUUAAACUGUGAUUCUUACGCAUAAAGUUUUACAACGGCCUGCCAAGCUAGGGAAAGAUAGGGAUGAGGCUUAUUCAUUAUCAGUGCAGGCAAGGGUGGACAGGCUGAAUCCAGCACUUCCAAGGCUGGGGAGCCAGCCCAGCAAGAAGCUUGUCAUGUUUGGACCUGCGUUACCCUAUGCUCCACCUCUGUAUUCAGCAGAAAAGUGGUUGCCAUCUGUUUCACUUUAUGUAAAGGAGUGCUGUCCUCAGGCCCUUGGCAAAUUGCCACCCUAGCACCUUGUUUGAAGCACCUGGCUUACAGGCUAUCUUUCCUUACCCUUAAAGUCGGUCCCUAAGAAAAAUAUCCUAGCUAAUGGGGUUACACAGUAGUCUGAUACAGAGAGUUCUGGCCAAGAUUUUGUUUGCUUAUGUCUGGAUGUUGAAAAAAGCUGCCCAUCUUAUUCCUUCUAAGUAUUGUAAAAAUGGCUGUUGUGAUCAUUCAGCUCAGCUUUUGUUAUUGGUACCUCCUUAAGGGAAAGUACAAUAUUCCUGCAUCUUUAUUGGAGAACAGGAUUGUUCUGGAAGCACUGAAAUACAGAACAUGUGAGAUCUCAGUAACACAGCUGAUAACUUAGGAGACGGCAGUUAUGUUAUUACAAAAUAUAUUUGCAACAGGAGAUAAAAAUCUUAUGGUUGAAAUUCAGUUUAAAAAUGUUAGAUUAGGUUCUUGGGUCAUGAUAUGAAUUGUUAUUAAUCUUUGUGACUAUUUAAUCUUUAAAUAUUGUGCUUCAACCCCAGCAAACCGCACGUAUCCUGCGCCCUACCCAAAAAGAAUCAUCUGUAUUUUUAAUGCCACUGCUCUUAAUUGGUCCUUUUUUCUGUUGAGACCAAUCAUGACAGCAUUCAAGAUUAUGAAAGUAUUACAAUGCCGCUUCAAGUCUGCAAAACCUCAUAUGUAGCCAACUUGACAAAUACUUAAGUGUUACGGUAGAUUUAAAAUCCAUCUGGCACAUUGUGGUAGGUAUUUGUACAGUUCUUUUAAUUAUAGCUUUAAACCAUCAAACUCAGUUUAAAACACUUUCGCACCCUACCUUCACUUCAGAAUGAACACUUUCAUUGUGAUCUUACGUUAACCUGAGAAUUGAUUGCAUUAAAGGAAGAUUGAUAAUCCUACACUUAUACAAUGUAAAAAUACAGGGGCUACAGGAGGGUACCUAAUUAGACAGUUCUGCAAACAGAACAUAUACUGGAAAAUUUUCCAGCCAAUUACGCUACCUCCCAACUUGAUGGGUUCGAGGUAGCGGACAAAUGCUGGUGCUCCCAUCUACCUUGUAGACACCCAGUCAUCAAGAAUCAAGGCACAACAUGUGCACUCACUUACUGGUCACAGUAAACGUUUGCAAAAUAUUCAGUUUAACUUUCAGCAUCAUGGAUGUUGUCUUAUCCAGAUUUCAAACCUGAAAAACUCUCUAAUCCUUUUGAGUUAUACAAAAUUUUUUACAAUUCUAAGCAUAUUAAAAUUGUAUUGGAUUUCAAAAAGGGACUAAUAACCAAUUGACUUACUAUAAAAAUAUCAACUUGUAAUACUCAAUUUUUUUUUGCCAUUUACACUUUACCUCUUCCUUUAGUGAAUGUGCAUAUUUAAUUUUUAAAGGCACCAUCACACAGUAUAUCACAUUUCUUAAAGUGUAAGAUUCUACGACUCAUUUCUAUGUAUUUUUCUUACUUUACAGAAUAACUUGAAACAGUAUAGAUUUUGUAACACUUAAUUUGAGCAGCUUUUUUUUAUCACAUUGAAUUAUAUAAAAUGCAUGUCACCUUAGAAAAAUAUUUGCUUUACUCUUUUGCAAAACAUUUGCUGUAAUGAAGGAAAUUUGUAUUUCCAAUAUAGACUGCAUUUUGUAAUAUUUACUGCUUUAUUCCUAAUUCUGCUUUAAAGUAUUGAACUGGGCAUGAAACAUUAAAAUAUUAACCCAGAACCUGUACAAACUGGAUAUUGCUUAAAAUCUGUAUCACUGCCAUGUUGGAAACCCAGACCGCUUUUGUGAUGUUUCAAAUUAAUAAAACCAUCCUCCC